CUCAUCAUCAGGCGACUGGUCACGGUACCAUCGGGUGCACAUAAGUGGAGUCUGUUUUCAUACAAUAACCUUUAAACUUGCUUCUGAUGGCAACAGAGGUUGUAGAGAAGACCGGGGAAGAUGCCCCAACAGCUGGGAAGGUCAGCACCAGAUAUGACCUGGAGAAGGAAACUGAACUUCGUUUUGAGGUGGAGGCAGGAGAGGCAGCUGAGCAAGUUGAGCUUGAGCUCCUCACGGGAAUGGCUGAGGUGUUUGGCUCAGAGCUGAACCGCAACAAGAAGUACACAUUUGGACCCGGCUCCAAGAUAGCAGUUUUCACCUGGCAGGGCUGCAGUGUGAAUCUUUAUGGGAAGCCAGAGGUGGCCUAUGUGUCCAAGGACACUCCCAUGUUGCUCUACCUGAACACACAUGCUGCCCUGGAACAAAUGAGAAAACAAGCAGAAAGGGACAAUGAGAGGGGACCGAGGGUAAUGGUCGUGGGACCUACAGAUGUGGGUAAGUCCACAGUGUGCCGACUGCUUCUCAGCUAUGCUGUGAGAGUGGGCAGGAGGCCAACACUGGUGGAACUGGAUGUUGGACAGAGUGGGGUGUCUGUCCCUGGGACAGUGUCAGCACUUUGCAUUGAGCGACCAGCAGAUGUGGAGGAAGGUUUUUCAGUCCAGGCUCCUUUGGUCUACCACUUUGGCUCAACCACCCCAGGGACCAACAUCAAACUUUACAAUAAGCUGACAUCAUGCCUGGCUGAGGUAUUUUCACAGCGCUGUGAAGUGAACAGAAAGGCCAGCGUGGGAGGGUGCAUCAUCAACACUUGUGGCUGGGUGAAGGGUUCUGGAUACCAGGCUCUGGUUCACUGUGCUUCUGCAUUUGAAGUGGAUGUGGUACUAGUUCUGGACCAUGAAAGGCUCUACAAUGAACUCAAAAGAGACCUUCCCCACUUUGUCCGUGUUGUGCUUCUUCCCAAGUCAGGAGGAGUAGUGGAGCGGUCCAAGGAGUGUCGUCGCGACGCUCGAGAUGAGAAGAUCCGUGAAUACUUUUAUGGCUUCCGUGGAGUUUCUUUCUACCCUUUCUCUUUUGAAGUCCGUUUUUCUGAUGUCCGCAUCUACAAAAUUGGAGCCCCCUCCAUCCCGGACUCAUGCCUGCCCCUAGGAAUGUCUCAGGAUGACACCCAGCUGAAGCUGGUGCCUGUGACACCAGGGAGAGACCUCACAUAUCAUGUUUUGAGUGUGAGUAGUGCUGAGGAUGGAGAGGAAGGAGUUAGAAAGGGCAUAGUGGAAAGCCCUGUGUGUGGUUUUAUUGUGGUGACUUAUGUGGACACACAAACUCAGAUAAUGAAAGUGCUGUCUCCAGCCCCCAGACCACUGCCCAGACACACACUGCUUAUCAUGGACAUCCGAUUCAUGGACAUGAAGUGAAUUAACAGGAAGGAGGACAUUGUCACAAAAACAGUGGGAAGCAUCUGAAAGAAAGGCUUUGCAAAAUGUGUUUCAUGGGAAGUAGUUCAUAUUUUCUACUUUUUUUACAUGUUGCUUUGUACAGACCACAGAUGACAAAAAGUAAAAGAUUUAAUAAUAGAAAUUGGUAGGUGGUGUAGAUUGCACACCAUUUUAUAGGCUAUACUGUACAGAUGUUCUAGCAAGUUGUCAUUGAUUAUUUUAUUGGUUCAGAAACUACUUUUUGAUAAAUCUGUUUUACAGUGAUUGUUUUUUCUUUGAAAAAUAAAUUUUUAAAAAGUCAAAUGUUA